AUGGGAUCCCACUGUAACAGUUCCUCAGUCUCUGUUGCUGCUCACAUUUUUGCUGCAGAGAUCCCUGACUUCCUGACAGAGGAGGAGUGCAAGCUCAUUGUCCAUCUGGCAAAGCUAAAGGGGCUGCAGAAGAGCCAGAUCCUACCAACAGAGGACUAUGAGGAAGCCAUGGAAAUGAUCGAAAUCAGCCAGAUGGACAUUUUCAAUCUUCUGGAUCACAAUCAGGAUGGGAAGCUGCAGCUCAAAGAGGUGUUGACCCAUACCCGACUUGGGAACGGCAGGUGGAUGACCCCUGAAAACAUCCGGGAGAUGUACACAGCAGUCAAAGCUGAUCCUGAUGGAAAUGGUGUGCUAAGUUUGGAGGAGUUCAAGCAGUUGAAUAUCCGUGAUUUCCACAAGUACAUGGGAAGCCAGAAAGUGAAGAUGAGUGACUUGGUGCGCAACAGCCAGCACACCUGGCUGUACCAGGGCGAGGGGGCACACCAGGUCAUGAGAGCCAUUCGGCAAAGGGUAAUGCGCCUGACUCGCUUGCCCCCCGAGAUUGUGGAGCACAGCGAGCCCCUCCAGGUUGUGCGGUAUGACCAAGGAGGGCACUACCACGCCCACAUGGAUAGUGGCCCUGUGUUCCCUGAGACUGCCUGCAGCCACACAAAGCUUGUUGCCAAUGAAAGCGCUCCCUUUGAGACCUCCUGCCGGUACGUGACCGUGCUGUUCUACCUGAACAAUGUGACUGGAGGAGGUGAAACAGUCUUUCCUAUUGCUGAUAACAGGACUUAUGAGGAGAUGUCUUUGAUCCAAAAUGACAUUGACCUGCGAGAUACUCGGAAAAACUGUGACAAGGGCAAUUUGCGAGUGAAACCUCAGCAAGGCACUGCUGUCUUCUGGUACAACUACCUGUCAGAUGGAGAAGGCUGGGUAGGGGAGCUGGACGACUUUGCUCUGCACGGGGGUUGCCUGGUCACCCAAGGCACCAAGUGGAUCGCAAACAACUGGAUCAACGUGGACCCCAACCGCCGGCGGCAGCAACAGUUCCAGCAAGAGAUGGAGCGCUUUGCGGGGUCUGAGGCGGGGGCUGGGGCCGGAGCCCCGGGCGAAUGGACAGUGGACAAGGCCUACAGCGGGGUGCACCUGGAGCUGUAGCACCGGGAAUGCUACCGCGCGCACGUGACCUUUUCCCGCGCAGGGCGGGGGGCGGGGCCGCGUCGCGCGCCAAUAAAGCGUGAAGGCACGGG